AGGAGCUGGGAACCUCCCCCAGCUUCCUCCGCUCCGGGCACUCCCUGGGGACCCACAGGUGCCGCUGCUGCCCCUCCAGGCCUGAGCAGGCCCAGUGAGGCCCCUGACCCCAGCCCGACUCACCAGGAAACCAUUUUCUGCUUCCUGAGUCACAGGUCUCAGGGUCUGACACAGGCAGGGGCCUCCCUGGGGGGCUGGGCAGCAGGAGCCUGAUCUCACGCAGCUGCAGGGAGGGUGACCUGCAUGCCGAACGCCGCCCCUGAGCUAUGGACCACGGCCAGCCCAGCCCGGAUCCUGUGGCUGCGGCCCCCGGCGCCCCUGGCCCGAGCGUGAUCGCGCCGCUGCGUGCCGUGGUCCGCCUGCGCCGUCGCGUGUGCCUCCUGCGUAAGCGGCGCCUCCUGCCGCCUGGCGUGGGGCCGGAUUUCCGGGCUCUGGCGCCGCGCGCGGACCGGGACCAGCCUCAGGUCUUCACCUUCGACGGCCCCGCGGAGCUGUCGUCCCGAACGCCGCGCAAGAGGCGCCGACGCAGCCGCGUGGUACUCUACCCCGAGACCUCGCGCAAAUACCGACCGCGCGUGGAGCAACGGAGCCGCGCGCAGCAUUGCCUGCUGUUGCUGGUGGCCAUCGUGGGCUUCCAGGUGCUGAACGCCAUCGAGAACCUGGAUGAUAACGCGCAGCGCUAUGACCUUGAUGGGCUGGAGAAGGCGCUACAGCGCGCUGUGUUCGGCCAGCCGGCCGCCAUAGGGCACAUCAUGGCGCUGCUGCGGGACUACCUGGCCACGCACGUGCACAGCCGCCCGCUGCUCCUGGCGCUGCACGGACCCAGCGGUGUGGGCAAGAGCCACGUGGGCCGCCUGCUGGCACGUCACUUCCGUGCGGUGUUGGAGGACGGCGCGCUCGUGCUGCACUACGACGCGCGGCACCACUGCCCCGAGCCGCGCGCCGCGCAGGACUGCCGCGAGGAGCUGGCGCGGCGCGUGGCUAACGUGGUGGCACAGGCCGAGGAGGAUGAGAAGACCCCGCUCUUGGUGCUGGACGAGGUGGAGCUCCUGCCGCCAGCGCUACUGGACGAGCUGCAAGGCUUCCUGCAGCCACAGCGCUCCCACCACUUCCGCAACGCCAUCUACGUGCUACUGAGCGGCGCUGGCGGCGAGGAGAUCACGCGCUUCGUGCUUCAGAACGCGUCCCGAGCGCUGCCCCUGCGCCUCGACGGUGCCCACGAUGCCCGGGCCGAGGAGGAGCUGCGCGCGGGCCUGCGGGCGCUCCUGGUCCGCGAGCACCCGCUGUGGCAGGCCGCGGCCAUCGUUCCCUUUCUGCUGCUGGACAAACGGGACGUGGUCAACUGCUUCCGGGAGGAGAUGGCCGGUGAGGGCUUUUUCCCGGACCAGGCCCGCGCCGAGCUCCUGGCUGCGCAGCUCAACUACUACCACGUCGCUGGCCGUGAGUUUGCUGUCACCGGCUGCAAGCAGGUGGUGGCCAGGGUGAACCUCUUGUAGCACAGGUGCAGCUGGACACGAUGGGACGUUUGGGGCAGUAGCGGGGAAGGGACCCUAUGUAUAUGCCUCAAGCCCCUGAGGCCCUAAAUAAAUCUGUCUCUGGCGCCCCAGCUGGUUUGC